AUGCCAACUCUGCUUGCACCCCGAGACAAGCUUUUCUCUUUAAUAGGCAAAAGAUUUACGGACGAAGAAUUUGAAGAGCUUUGCUUUUCAUUUGGAAUCGAGUUGGACGACAUUACGUCCGAUAGGUCCAUCUUUGAAAAGGAACACAGCACCAGCUCCUGCAUAGCUACAUUGGAUGCUCUCUCUGACGAGAUACUAUAUAGGAUUGAAGUGCCAGCAAAUCGCUAUGAUCUUCUCAGUACUGAAGGGCUAUCUGUGGCGCUAAAAUCAUAUAUUAACACCACUAUACCACCGCCAAGCUUCACAAUUGAUGAUGACUCCCAAUAUUCUAUCCAAGUGCAUCCGAACGCAUGCAAGGUUCGUCCUUUUAUCUUUUGUGCUGUUUUGAAAAACAUCACCUUCGACCCGCAUUCUUAUGAUAGCUUUAUCAAGUACCAGGAUAAGUUGCAUCAAACCAUAGGAAGAAAUCGUUCCUUGGUAUCGAUUGGAACCCAUGACUUGGAUGCUAUAAAGUCUCCAUUUACCUAUACCGGAAUGGUCCCCGAAGAUAUUUCUUUCAUUCCACUCAACCAAGCAAAUGCCAUCAAAGGAAGUGAUAUCUUUGAAUUUUAUCAAACCGAUCUCAAAUUAAAGAAAUUUCUCCCCCUGUUGCAAGACAAACCAUAUUUCCCACUGGUCCUUGAUUCAAGGAAUACGGUGUGUUCCUUACCGCCUCUUAUUAAUGGAGACAAAUCCAAGAUAACUCUUAACACGAACAAUGUAUUUAUUGAGGUGACUUGCAUGGACGCAAUUAAAGGCGAAGCCACUUUACGAUCAAUUGCCACCGCCUUUUCCAUAUAUUGUAAAGAUAAGCUUUCUAUCACGCCCGUUAGUGUUCUUUAUCCGGACAACGACUCCAGUCCUUUUGGUAAUUCCAGGUGGAGUUUAUCUGACUAUUCGCCCCUUUCUUUUGAACUUACCCUUCAAGAAGUAUUCCGCAAUUUGAAGGUUGAUAUUUCCCCACAAAAACUGAUAGAGCUUCUUCAAAGGAUGUUGUAUUCUGUUAAGGUCGUUGAAUCAUCCACCUCGCAAGACUUCACAGUCAACGUUUUGGUGCCGAUGAGUCGAACAGAUAUCCUGCAUAAAUGCGAUGUCAUUGAGGACAUUGCCGUUGCUUAUGGAUUUGGAAAUUUCCCAAUGACGCUGCCAUCUACAAAUACCAUUGCGGCUUCCACGCCUAUGAACAAGUUUUCUGACAUGCUUCGCAUUGAAAUGGCACUUUCUGGAUUCACGGAGGCUCUGACGCUCACGUUAUGUUCAAUCGACGAUCUGGUUUUGCACUUAAACAAAGACGUCUCGAUUUUGCAGAAAAUAGUUACAAUUGGUAAUCCAAAAUCCAUUGAAACACAAGCGCUUCGCAAUACGCUCCUCCCUGGCUUAUUAAAAACCCUCGCUUCAAAUAAGGCUGUGCCAUUGCCUAUUUUAUUGUUCGAAAUUUCAGACGUCGUUCUCAAGACACCAGAAAAUACCACCCAGCAUUCUGAUAAUAUCGGUGCGAAGAACGAGCGACGGCUUGCCGCAGUUUUUGCUGGCCAAACAUCAGGCUUUGAGAUCAUCCACUCUGCUUUGGAUAGGAUCAUGUCCAUGCUUUCUAUCCAGCGAGCAUGUGGGUCGAGUCCUACUACCGGAACAUAUUCACUUAAUAGCUCAAAGUCGGCCACCUUUAUAGAUGGCAGAUAUGCCUCCGUUUAUUUUGACUCGCGGAAUGUCGGGGAACUUGGGGUGCUUCAUCCAAAGGUACUUGAAAAUUUUGGUAUUUCGCAUGCUGUUUCGUUUUUUGAAAUAGCGUUGGACCCCUUCGUAUAG